GAUUUCUACAUUUCAAGAUGUCUGCGCCCUUGAACGGGCACGGUGCUAGUUUACUAAUGUAAUUAGUUAGUUGUUUAGAGAGAAAGGGUACUUCCUUCCUCCGUGAUAUUAAAUAAUAGGUACUUACGUUACACUCUGCUGAAUGCCCUAAACAUGUCGGAUUCCAGCUCCAGCUCCGAUGAAGAAGAAAAAGCAAAACUGAAAGCAGCAACGUGGUCCAAUUUUUUAGUUUGUGACAGUAAAACAGAUAAUAAAACACCACCACAAGAGAAGAAGAAGAAGAGUUUAAGAGCUUCAUUGGAUGGUACAGAUGAGCAGACAGAUUACAGAAAUGUUGACGCUACAACAGAACAGAAAGCAUUCAUUGCUAAAAAGCUAACUACGUGGCUUGAUAGUUCCAUCUCGGUAAUUAAAAAGAGCACAACAACUUCAGCAACUCAACAAGACACAGAUGAUGACUUUCAACUAUUCUCAACCUCAAAACGUGGACUCUCAGAGGUAACUUAUACACCAGUGAGACAAAGAAGACGACGUCAAAGCAGCAGUGAUAGUGACUCUGAAGAAGAGAGAAUGAAGCUUGUAUCAGUGGCCGUCUCUUAUGACCAAGUCAUCCAAAGCUCAUGGCCACCAGUAUCCAAAGACACACAGGUGACCUCUAACCUUUUAUCUACUAAUCUUUCAACUUUGACCUCUGCUGAGGAUGCAGCUCAAACAAACAAAAACAAAGUUGAUUUGAGUACUUGUAAAGAGGGGAAAAAGAAGAAAAAACGGAAAAAGAAAACAAGUGACGCAACAGUAGAAGAGAAUGACUUGCCAGCGAGGAGUUCAGCUGUGGAAGGAAAGAAGGUUAAAGCCUCCUUAAAAAACGAAAAUGGAACAAUUCUUGAAUCUUCACGGUCAGAGGAACAAACUAUAAAGAAGAAGAAAAAGAAAAAGGAUCAUAAUAGUGCAACGGUUGAAGUGACAUGAAUUUAUUCAAACCAUCUGUUAAAGUAUCAAACAAUGAAGAAAAACAAAGAAAUACAAACAUUCAAAUAUUCACAAGGAAGACAUACAGAUGCUAAUAGAGCCAUCUAUCUAUGAUAAGAACAACGACAGCGGUUCGGCAAGCUAUUUAGGCUUUUCUGUUAUUGAAGUCAAGUGUUAGCAGUACAGAAAGAUUACUAAGCCAUAUAAUAAUGUAGGUUGCUUGUGACAUGUGCUGCACUCCAGUUAGAUUAAUAGCAUUUGAAAACCAUAAGCUCAGUGCUAUAAAGUCUUCUUUACAAUUUCAUAUCAAUAAUAAUUGAGACAAAGUCAAAUUUUUUAACAACUACCUUGGAGACCACUUUUACCAAUACAGCGCUGAGUCAAUGACACCGUUUCAGAAUAUUUGGGCUAACUAGGUUUGUUAAAGUGGGUCCAGAUAUUAAGCUUCAAGACUUGUGAAUCAUGCUAUGUACUGUAGCCCAAGUGUCAAGAAGGGAAAACAAAUAUUAAAGUCAACUCGCAGUAUUUUUGACUCUGAAACAAGUGAGCCAAACUGGUGUUCAUAGUUAUUAUCAUUAAUUAUUUGCUCAUUGAUACAGGACAACAACAUACAGGAAGUCAAAUUAAAAUGAACUCUAAUUAUGAUGCAAGGAAUUUCAUUAUUGAAAGCAUUGUCAUACAGUACAACAUUUGAUCAAUUACCCAGUAAAAUAGUUAAGAAAUAACUCAGACUGAAUCAGACAUUUUAGAAUCUAAUCAAGUUUAGACAUGUUCGUUACCUAGAUGCUAUGAAUGUAACAGGUUGCUGGGAUACUAAACGGCUAUUGCUGUUACCCAAAUUGAACCAUCGAUGCUGUUAUUGAAUGAUGUACUUUAAAUUACAAAUUGAAAUUUACUUUACAUUUAGGUCAUGCUCCUGGUGUGAUUUAUUGCUGAAAGGGUAGCGUGAUGUUAUCAAUAAAUCUAUUUUCUUAUGUCAUUUUAAAGGGUUUUACACUUUUGAUUCUGUGCGAAACAAUCUAACAUUUUAUUUAAGAGAAAGUAUAAAUUGGGUUUGGGGACACUCUUUCACAGAUUACUUGAUUUCCUGAAUAAUUUCAGUCUUUAAACCAUAGAGCUAUAUAUAUUGACUAGAGCGCUUACUUGCUCUGUGUUUUGAAUCCUCAGUGGGUGCAGACAUGUUUGAUGUGUUGUAUGACAACGGAAAGAUUUUAACUUCAAGAGAACACACAUUUUAAACAUGACGCACAUGACGCUCACAGUUUGUACGCUCAUCAGCAGAUUGUGCGUUCACAUUUGCUGCAUU